GUGUCACGAGUUUGACGUAACAGCAAUGGAGGUAUUGCUGUAUGUGGCGGCCGCGGUAGUUUUAGUCCUGUUGAUUUUACUUGCGAUUAAAGUACGAAGAAAGCAAGAUGCGGUUGGCCAGGUUCAGGAAGAUGUGGUCGGUCGAGCAGCAGGGCGCCACCCAGUGGUGGAUGAGCGAGGUGCAGGCAUGCCCCGACGCAGAAACCUCAACAGCAGGAUGAUUGCCCAAAGACGUGUACAGAGGCAGGCUCAGCCGGAUGCAUCUGAUAGCGAGGACAGCAGUGUGGAGGAGGGUGUGGGACCACAGGUCCAACCUACAGGAAAGAUUGGAUUCAAGAAGCAGAGAAAACUAGAGGAGAAACAAGCCAAGAAAGCCCAGAGGGAGGCAGAGCAGGAGGAGAGGGAGGAGAGGAGGCGGCUGCAGGAGCUGAGAGAGCAGGAGAAGCGGAAGGAGGAGGAUAAGGAGCGGCUGCUGGAGCAGCGGCAGGAGGAAGAGCUGCGCCGGGCGAAGGAGCAGCAGGAGCGGAAGGAGGAAGAGGAGUACUUACGACUGAAGGAGUCCUUUGUGAUUGAGGAGCAGGGAAUUGUUGAGGAGCUCAGUGAGCAGGAGUCUCGAAAUUUGCUGCAGGAGUUCAUCCAGUACAUCAAGGACUCCAAGGUGGUUCUGCUGGAGGACCUGGCCUCACACUUUGAGAUGCGCACCCAGGAUGCCAUCUCUAGACUGCAGGACCUCAUUGUCGACGGUUCCCUCACAGGAGUGAUAGACGACAGGGGCAAGUUUAUUUUCAUCACGCCAGAGGAGCUGAGUUCUGUGGCCCAAUUCAUCAAACAGAGAGGCAGAGUGUCCAUUACUGAACUGGCCCAGGCCAGCAACUCCCUGAUCAACUUGACCCCAGUGGUCCGCAACACAGCCUGAGGGGGGGCUGCCCCAUAUGUGGGCAUGCAUGCACGCACAGUAAAAAAAAAAAAAUUGUAUAAUAAAGUUAAGUCUUUAAUGUUUCUGUAAUUUUUGAUGCGACCCCUAAGAGGCAGUGUGGCAUGCUGGUAAAACCCGAAUUUUACAGGGUUACCGUGGGUGAAUGAAUGAGUAACUGCCUGUGGGAGCUGGAAUCUGCUCCCACAUGUUGCUCAUCGAGUACCUGGAUCCCAAGCUCAAAUGUACUGGCCUCCAGUAAGCACACAUCUUAACGACCUGUACCAGAAUGUUGCUUCUGUUCUGACCCCAUGUAAAAUGUAUGAUUUGCACUGGCUUCAGAGGCUAGAUCCUGACCAUAAAGGUUGUUGGAUGCUUUGUUAUUGGAGUUUCCAAGUCGGAAGCCAAGGUGCAGUGUUUUGCUACUCUAAUAGCAACUGGUGUCAGAUUAAGACCCCAUACUAUUGACUAGAGCUGACUUCAUUUGGGUACCUAUGAGCACUAUUGGAUCUGGAGCUCCACGAUGUGGUUGUUAUGCGCUUGUUGUAUAUUCCCCAGCAUAAAGCAUUCGUGCUUUUCAUGCAGCAGAAUAUAAGCGGCCCUCCUUGCCUGCUGGAGGAGGGGCAGGAAGCCUAAUGUUGGCUGGAGCACAUUGCCAUGGCAACUUUGACACAUUCUGGAUGUUACCGGUGAAACUGUGAGUGGAAAGAGUCCUAGGUGGGUGCUGAGGGGCUGUGAGUGUGUGAGUUUGCUUCUCUGCUUUUCCUGCUGAUAAUGACAUCAGUGAGCAUAUGGGUUACACUGAAUUCAUAGAAAUGGGACAGUGAACAACCUCUUUAGUUAUUGUAAUUUACAGUUUGUUUCUGAACACGCAGAGCAUAAAAACACUUGUUCUCAUUUGUGUAUCAGGUGAUUUUAAAAAUGAGCUGUUGUGCUGUUGUAUGCAUUUAAAAUAUGGAAUCAGCACCACGGACAGUGAUGAACCUCAUAAAGCUGAAUCUCUCACCUGCUGAUUCUUUGUUAAUUGUUUAAGUCAUUUAACUUUUACUUGCUUUUCCAUCAACCCCUCUGAUGUAUUAUUUCAAAUUUAUUUGAUAAUACAAAGUGGAAGCUGAAA